UAAUUGACCCAUAAGUUGGUUAGCAAGUACAACGGUUGGUUUGUUGGUUGGUUGGUCGAUCGUGGAUUGAUACACACUACAACAUGCAACUCUGCAAGGAGUCCAUUAAAACGUGCCGCCGGUGCCACUUAUAAAUGCAACAACUUAACUCCUACGCGGGAGUAGAUCGGAAAAUCUGAGAUGUUAGAUGUUUUGUUUGGUUGGUUCUACUGUGCCGCCAAGGUGCUCCAGAACAUCAACCAUCUACACUCCAAUUUAUGAUCCUAUUACGUAGGGUACGACGUCACUCCUCCACCAAGUAAAAGUGUCCUUUUAUUGAAAUAAAUUGAAAAAAUAUAUCCAUCUCAAAGGAACCAGUCUCGGAUAACUACAGCUUGACCUAAACAAUCAAUCAUCUAAAUUCAGAACAUCAUUCUCAUAACUUCUUCAAUAACCCCGCAAUGUGCGCCAACAAAAUCGACGCUUGGAUCGAGGCCCGCAAACAAGAGGACGACCCUCUCCGCCUCACUAAUACCGAGGCAGAAGCAUGGCGGCAAUUCUUAAAUGCGCCCGCGAGCGAAGUCGCGCAUCAUGCAAAACAGAUUGCCCUUCCAAACAUAAGACCAAUCCAAGACGAUGAUUGUCGUCUUCAUGAAUUGUGGAACGCUCUGGCUGAAGCUGUCAAUGAUUUCACCGACCAGAACGACAAGCUAGCUCAAUUCGUAGUAGAGUUGCAUCGCUUACCCGAUGGGAAAGGGAUCGCAGGAGCUUGGCCUUUUUUCGAACCUCUGCCUGAGUUUGAUAUCUUCUGGACCGAAUGGAUCCAAUUCCAAUUCGACCACUCACAGCUUGAUGAGUCGGACCCUGAGCAUCAGAAAAACCGUCAGGCUCAUAUAAACCAACAUACCUUUCUGGCAAAAAUCACAGCGCAGGGAGCUCCCGAUAAAGCUACGGGCGGCAAUUGGAACCCCGUCCUGGACCAGCGGGAACGUGGCGGCCUGGCUUUCACUUGGGCACUGGAAAGGACGCCUUGGGAUGAGGAAUCCCCUAGUUAUGAUCCCAAUGGCUUUAGAAUCAAUGCCCUUGAUGUCCACGUACUCGCUGCAGCACCGUGGCUUGCAUACUGUGCUGAAGGCAUGUAUGAGAAGGCUCUAGCGGGAGGAAGAAAGUCCUGGGAGUACCCGGGUACAUUAUCGAACUGGGGCGUUAUGGGUGGCUGGAGCAAAGAGAGAUGGGAUUUCUGGCGGAAGAGAUUCCCCGAACUUUCUAACAUGUCGGAAUUGAAAGAGGAGACUAGAACCGUUGCGAAAGAAUGCGCAGAACGAAUGGCUGAGGCAGAGAAGUCCAGGUCAUAAUAAUAUCCAGUGUAGAAUGAGACAAUCCUAGUUUGGAUACCAAAUAGAAGGCCACUCACUUUAUGAUACCAUA